AUGUCAUCACCGGUAUUAAAGUCACCAUUGACUAAAUCAUUAAAAAUUGCAUUAUUGCAAUUAAAAGCUGGAUCAGAUAAAUCAGCUAAUUUAGCAAAAGUUACAAAAUAUAUAGAAGAAGCAGUAUCAAAACAACCUAAAGUUGAUUUGGUAAUGUUACCAGAAUGUUUUAAUUCACCUUAUGCAGUAGAUCAAUUUAGAAAUUAUGCUGAAAUUAUUCCCCUGGGAGAAACAACAAAUUUAUUAUCAAAUUUAGCUAAAAAACACAAUAUAUUUAUAAUUGGUGGAUCAAUUCCAGAAUUAAGUAAUGAUAAUAAAAUUUAUAAUACUUCAUUAACUUUUGAUCCAAAAGGUGAAAUUAUAGCAAAACAUCGUAAAGCUCAUUUAUUUGAUAUUAAUAUUCCAAAUGGUAUAACUUUUCAAGAAUCUUUAACUUUAACUGGAGGAGAUAAAGCAACUGUUUUUAAAUUAGGAGAAUAUGGUAAUGUGGGGUUAGGUAUAUGUUAUGAUAUUAGAUUUCCAGAAUUAGCUUCAAUUGCAUCAAGAAGUCCAAAUAAUGCAUUUGCUAUGUUUUAUCCUGGUGCUUUUAAUACUACUACUGGUCCUUUACAUUGGCAUUUAUUAGCAAGAGGAAGAGCUGUUGAUAAUGAAUUAUAUACUGUUUUAUGUUCUCCUGCAAGAGAUGUUGGAAGUGGUGGGUAUCAAGCUUAUGGUCAUUCUUUAGUAGCAGAUCCAUCAGGUAAAAUUAUAGCAGAAGCUGGUGAAGGAGAAGAAAUUUUAUAUGCUGACUUAGAUAAAGAUGUAUUAACAAAAGCAAGAGAAGGUAUACCCGUACAUUAUCAAAGAAGAUUUGAUAUUUAUGGAGAUUUUGUAGGCGAUGGAUCAGCGAAAGUAAGUGCUACAUAA